UUUAAGCGCCUGAGUUUGAUUUUCAGUUUUGAUUUUUAUUACGCUUUAAAUUCAAAAAUUUAUUGAGCUUAGGCGAACACAAUCUAUAUGUUCGCGGUAGGACAUUAAGUUACAAGUAUAUCCAAGAGAAAAGCUUAGGGCGCACAUCUAGCAGGACAGCCGAAAGAACUUAGGAACUAAAAAAAGCUAAUCUAUCAAUAAUUUUCAAAUUUUAAUGGGUUUUUUAUACAUAUUUUACGAAUACACAAUAUAAUUUUUAAAGAAAAAAAUUAAAUAUUUUUCGAGUUACAUACGAUCUCCUACGGCGCUAAAACAAACGUCCACCACUCCUGCAGUGAAUCCGGCCUUCUCCGAGGAUGGUAGCCAAAAGCAACAUUCUCUCUAAAAGAUAUUGUCCGUACACUGAACUACGGUCGAUAAAAAAAAAUAAAAAUUUACAAAAUUCGGCAUUUAAAAAAAGUUUGACCAAAAAUUUUGUUAGUUUUUGGUCUGUCAAGAUUUGAUUUUUGUUCAGAUCAAAAAUAUGGUGGGUUAUAGCAUGGAGAACUAUAUACAGAACAUACAUGCAAUUUAAUAGUGAACGGUUUGAAAGAUAAACUUAUGGAGCUGACUGAACUGAGCGGCUGCACUUUAGAAGCAUGUAACUCAAAAGUUUUUAAAAUUAUCAUUUAAAAUUAUAGUAUGGUAUUUUUAAAGGUAUUGACUAUCGAAAUAUGCAAAAAUUAAAAAAUUUAUUUGUUCAACAUUUCGCAAAUUGCGUACCAGUGAGCUUUUGCUAGAAAAUACGGUGGUUGUGAAAGCAAUUCAAAACAGCUUUGGCAGCGAUUCCAUUAAUUUGAGAUAGCAUGUCUUGUGUCAUGAAAAGUAUGUGAACAGAUUCAUUUAAUAACUUCAGACUGUCAGAUACAUACUUGUAUGUCGAACAACAUUAUUUUAUGCUCAUCCAAAACAAGUUUGUACUCUUGAUUCGAACCAAUUGUGCCAAUGCUUUGAAAUUUAUAUACGAGUCUUUUGAACGUUAGGGUUAAUUACAAAACAUGUAGCUUUAAUAUGGUGAAGAAGCUACUAACUUGUCUACCUGUCCGGUAAUAAUAAAAACAGUUAAAUAAACUACAAAGGAAUUAAAAAUUAAAAUUUUUGCUAGAAAAACUUAUUAGCAAAGAAAAGUUUUUGAAUACUGCUUACUAAAAUAUUACAACACGAAAUUGGCUGCAAUGUAGAGGAAAAAAUAUUUGCAUAUUAUAUUUAUAUGCUGCCAGUAAGUAUUUCAGUUAGUAUGCUUGAAUCUAAAAUUUCCACCAAUUAGACUUCUUAGAUAUUUUUUUCCCAACAAGCGAAUAUCACAUUCACAUUUGUAGUAAAAUAUAAUUUUGAAACCUUUGAUUUUUCCUGCUGGGUAUGCAAGCGCACACAAUUUCACAGCUACUUUGUAUUUACGACAAUCGGCAAUAAACAGUUACACGCCCACAAUUCGUACGUCCACUGGCUGCGAACACCUGCUGUAGAGCGCCCGCCAAAAGUAAGUAUAUGAUGUGUAUGUAUGUAAAUAUGUAUACUCCGUGCGAGGUGAGGUAGAGAAGUGUGUGGCGAGAAAAUGCCACUCAAAAGACAUGCCAACAUACAUACGUACAUACAAAACUGAAUUGCUGUAAAGGAGGGGAUAAUUAAGUAAGCAAAAAAUAUAUUAUUAAAAAAAGUUAUUUUAUUGCAAAAAUAUUUUGUAUUGUACAAUAUAUUGCUUUUCAGGCAUUUCCUCAAAAAAGUAAAAAAAAUAUAUUUUUAUAAUCAAAAACUAUACUAUAAUUUAAAACUUAAGUCGAAUCUCACAAUUAUUAUUAAAUCGUAAUUGUUUUUUUUUUUUGAAUUUUGCUACUAAGUAUGAAGACUCAGAUUGUUUCGCUAUGUCCAAAUGGUCAUAAUAAUAUUUCGAACACGAUUUUCUAACUUAUUUUGGUUAAAUAAAAAUAUAUUUCAAACCUAGUGGCAUUCCAAAAUACUUUAGAACACCCCUUAAAUCUGCGCGUAUUCCAAGAGGGUUAUUUUAAAGCAUAAAAACCGUUGCAGUGCAAUGGCCGUUCUUUCGAUUUCACUCGUUAAAUAUUAACCAUAACAAUCUGGCCUUUGCUCUCGACCGCAGCGGGACACCAUAUACACACACCGCAUGUACAUAUGUAUGUAUUGUCUGUGUGUGGGCAAUACUAUCCUUACCGGCUAAUUUGAAGUGUUGUUUCGAUGCACGCAAAAUGCAAUCAGAAAUUAAUAAAUAUUUUUGUGCUAUCCUUUUUAUAACUGCCAAUCCCGUUAUAACAUUCAAUCGUUUUGUGAAUGAUUUUACGAGUUAAAAUACAAUGCUUAGGCACUGAGGUAUUCAGUUAAGUUUUACUUUUUCAACGAAUGUGAGCGAUGCGCCUUCACGCUUUUCUUUGGCCAUUUUGGCUGCCCCUCUGCCUCGCGCUGUUGCCACAAAACGCUGAAGCCAAUGACUUCUCUUCGUUUUUAACUGCAAAUGCAUCUUUAGCGGUUGUAGUGGAUCGGGAAUAUAUGCAAAGGCGUGGUGAAAACAUUUUAGCGAAUUUUCAAAGAAUUUUAAGUGACGUGAUACGUGAAAAUUUAAAGAACGGUGGCAUCGAAGUGAAGUAUUACUCAUGGAGUCAAAUUCGAUUGAAAAAAGACUUCCUCGCUGCCAUGACAGUGACGGACUGCAAGAGUACUUGGCAACUGUUUGACUCGACGCAGCAGAAUUCAAUACUACUGAUUGCUAUAACAGACGCCAAUUGUCCGCGGUUGCCUUUAAAUCGUGCUAUUAUGAUUCCCAUAGUCGAUGAGGGUCAGGAAUUGUCGCAGAUUAUUUUAGACAUUAAGGUGCAGCGUUUAUUGCGUUGGAAGACAGCUGCUGUGCUACUCGAUCAGACUAUAUUGAACGACAAUCCCACAUUGGUAGAGUCGGUGGUACACGAGAGCGCUAAAAAUCACAUUACACCUUUUUCGCUACUGUUGUACCAGAUCGACGACACGCUGCGCAGUCAAAAGAAACGCACUGCUAUACGGCAAAUGCUGAACGCUUUUCAGGCCGGAGCACAAACGCCACGGCAAUUUAUUGUGUUGUCUAAAUUCUGUGAGGAUAUUGUGGAAAUCGCUGCGAACAUGAAAUUAUUUCACGUUUACAAUCAAUGGGUUUUUUUUGUGUUGAACGAAGAUCAACGCAAUCAUGAUCCCAUGUCAGUGACACAGAACUUGGAGGAGGGUGCGAAUAUUGUGUUCGCGUUGAACAAGACCAACCCGACUUGCAGCAGUUCCAUUAACUGUACCAUAACUGAGUUGUCAUUGGCAUUUGUUACGUCCAUUUCACGUAUGAUCGUUGAGGAACAAUCGAUCUAUGGCGAAAUUUCCGAUGAGGAAUGGGAAGCGAUCAGAUAUACCAAACAGGAGAAGCAGGAUGAAAUGUUGGGUUACAUGAAGGAAUAUCUUAGAGAAUACAGUAAGUGCACCAGCUGUUCCCAUUGGAAAAUUGAGACCGCACUAACGUGGGGCAAAAGCGAGGAGCAUCGUAGAUAUCAAUCAAAUUUAGAACUUCGUGACACACGUAAUAGAAAUUUCGAAUUCAUCGAUGUUGGCUAUUGGACACCUACUUUGGGUUUCAAUACACAUGAAGUCAUGUUUCCACACAUAACGCACUUCUUUCGCAAUAUCACCUUGGACAUUCUAACAGCGCACAGCCCUCCAUGGCAAAUUUUGGAACGUAACAGCCAUGGCGACAUCGUACGUCAUAGCGGUAUUACUAUGGAGAUUCUCAAAGAAAUGAGCCGUAUGUUAAAUUUCUCGUAUAUUCUUCAUGAAGUCAAAGUAAAUGCAGCAGAUUUGGCUGCAGAGGACAUGCAACACACGAGCAAUAUAACAGACGACCUUUUCGGCUCGCUUACAUUUGAUAUACCAUACCAAGUCAUAGAAACAAUGCAGUCGAGCCGUUACUUUAUGGCUGCCCUGGCUGCCACUAUCGAUGAACCAGAUAAGAAGUCAUUUAACUACACCGUGCCAAUAAGCGUACAGAUGUAUACUUUUAUCUCCCGCCAGCCGGAUGAAGUGAGUCGAAUUUACCUGUUUGCUGCGCCUUUUACGACAGAGAUUUGGGGCUGCCUGGUGGCCAUUAUUAUAAUCACUGCACCGGUGCUGUACUUCAUAAAUCGUUUGGUGCCUAUGGACCAUUUGCGCAUAACCGGUCUCAGCACACUCAACAGUUGUUUUUGGUAUAUCUAUGGUGCUCUACUACAACAAGGCGGCAUGUACUUACCCAAAGCGGAUAGUGGUCGUCUUGUGAUCGGUGUCUGGUGGAUUGUUGUAAUAGUGCUUGUGACGACAUACAGUGGAAAUUUGGUUGCAUUUCUUACGUUUCCGCAAUUUCAACCUGGCAUAGAUUACUUUUUUCAAAUAUUUUCAUCUAGCUCUGGGCAACAAUUUGGCUUGCGAAAUGGCUCUUACUUUGAAAAGUAUGCAACGCAAAUAACAACGCGCGAUGAUUUCCGUGACUAUGUGCAACGAGCCACUAUUUACAAUAAUAUUCAAGGCGAGGAUAUUGGCGCAGUGCAGGAUGGUAAACGCAUUAACGUGGAUUGGCGCAUUAAUCUGCAAUUAAUUAUACAAAAGCAAUUCGAAAAGUACAAAGAGUGUAAGUUCUCAUUGGGACGUGACAAUUUCGUUGCCGAACAAAUUGGUUUAAUUGUACCGAGAGAUAGUCCAUACCUACAACUAAUUAAUGAUCAAAUAACACGUUUGUUUCAAAUGGGUUUCAUUGAGCGUUGGCAUCAAAUAAAUUUACCUUCAAUGGACAAGUGUAGCGGUCAUGGUGGUAUGCGGCAAAUUAUGAACCAUAAAGUGAAUUUGGAUGAUAUGCAAGGCUGCUUUAUGGUACUUUUGUUUGGUUUUAUUAUAGCUUUGUUCAUACUCUUUAUCGAGUAUUGGUAUAAAUGGUACUUCGUUGAGAAAAAGAAAAGCGUUUUUGCAUCUUGAAGUGAUACAACCAAGAAUAUAUACAGCAAACGAAAUUUCUCUUAAUAAAUAUUUUUCAAAAACACUUGAAAUAUAUGCAAACUAUUUACGUUUUAACA